AUGUCCACCUUCCCCGAGUGCGACUUCUUUUGUAACCACGUGGGCCGCGUCUCCAUCGUCCCAUCUAACUGUGGUGGGGCAGAGUCAUUCAUCGCUACGGACUGCACAUGCGAGGAGUCCCCCGUCACAAAGAACCCGACGUGCCUACAGUCUAUCUGCGCUCCGCAGGAUUUCGACAGCCUCGUCGCCGCCGAAGAGGCCCGAUGCCCAGGUUUAGUCACCCGUGCCGACCAGGACGAACUCACUGCGGACGUGGUCACCGUGUAUCGCCGCGCGCUCGCUGCGACGGCCUGGCCCCGCGAGGCUGAGGCCACAGCGUUGCGCCAGGCCUUGGUGUUUGAGUCGUCCCCGGAGCAAAUCGGCUUCGUCAUGAUCAACUCUACCAAUGCUGCUCACCUCGGAUGCGGCGGCGGCAUCACCAGCGCCGUCGCGUCGCUCUUCGUCCUCGUUCCUGUGGCGUUUGCAUUGCUCGCUGUUGUAGGCACGAUUGGCGCCUACAAACGCCGGCGCGCAGCUCGGGUUAUCUUGGAACCCCCGAUGCUGCCUGUAGGAGGCUCCGGGUACGCGGCUAGUGCUAGCGUGGGCGAGAAGGGGUGGCCUAGGACUGCUUGA